AGUUUGAUAACCUAAAAUGGUUACAGUUACAGUGGUUACAGUCAAGUCAGUUAGUCAGUAGUUGUUUGACACUUCGAUAGGUGACAUCAUGCUUGUGAUUUAAUUUACGCGUUACGAUAACGAUUAGUUUUGUGUUGUGUUAUGUAAAUAAAAGACACGAGAAGCGAGAAAAUGAUAGCCUCAGAAAUAGGGUCAACAAACAAUGAACUUGGUCAUAUUAAAAUUGGAAGUGAAAAAGCCCCAUUAAUCCAUGGAAGAAGUGUUCUUUACAGACUAAGUAAUUUAUUUAGAAUUAGAAGAGUACAACAUUCAGAAGGAGAUGGAUAUGUUGAAUUUGGUAGUUUGGGUGCAGAUAGUGGUCGUACCCUUGGAACAUUUGCUGGUGUGUUCAGUCCUGUUACAUUAUCCAUGUUCAGUGCCUUAAUUUUUAUACGAAUGGGAUAUAUUGUGGGCAAUGCAGGAUUACUGAUAACAUUGGUACAAUUUGUGAUUGCAUAUGGAAUUUUACUAUUCACUGUUGCAUCUGUGUGUGCAAUUUCAACAAAUGGAGCAGUUGAAGGAGGAGGCGCAUAUUUUAUGAUUAGUCGUACCCUUGGGCCAGAAUUUGGUGGUUCUAUUGGUACAUUAUUUUUUAUGGCUAACAUUGUAUCGAGUGCACUUUGUAUCUCUGGAUGUGCUGAAGGACUAAUAGAAAACUUUGGGCCAUCUGGCUAUUUAUCUGGCAAGAGUGCUCUUAUCCCAGAUGGCAGAUGGUGGCGAUUUUUAUACUGUUCUUUAUUAAACACUGCCAACUUAUUAGUAUGUUUGAUAGGAGCAACAAUGUUUGCAAAAACGAGUGUAGCUAUUUUGGCCAUUGUUUGUGUUUGUUUGUCAAGUGUUUUUAUAAGCUUCUUGUCACAAGAACAUAUGGAGAUACCAAUUCCAGAUUCGAACACACUUGUUCAGAAUGCAACUGAACAUGUCAAUGGUACUUAUACAGGGUUAUUAUCAUCUACUCUUGUAAGCAAUCUUUAUUCAAACUAUAGUUAUGAUUACUCAAGUAGUGGAGCAAUCACUAGUUUUGCAAGUGUAUUUGGUGUAUUAUUCAGUGGUGUAACCGGGAUAAUGGCAGGAGCGAAUAUGAGUGGCGAACUAAAAAAUCCAGGCAGAAACAUUCCACAUGGCACUUUAUCAGCAGUAUUGUUUACAUUCAUAUGUUAUAUCCUUUUAUCUAUAUUUACAGCUGCAAGUACAAGUCGAUUUUUGUUGCAAAAUAAUUUUAUAUACAUGAUGCCAAUUAAUAUUUGGCCACCAUUCGUAGCAAUUGGCAUAUUGACAGCAACAUUUAGUGCUGGAUUGAGUAACUUAAUAGGAUCGAGUAGAGUACUAGAAGCGUUAGCGAAAGAUAAUGUGUUUGGCUCCGGAUUAAAUUUCGUAACACAAGGAACGUGGAAAGGGAAUCCAAUUGCUGCAGUUUUAACUUCGUGGACUUUAGUUCAAGUAAUUCUACUUGUAGGUUCCUUGAAUACUAUAGCUCAAAUUAACUCGGUAUUGUUUUUAUUAAGUUAUUUGGCUACCAAUUUGGCUUGCCUUGGACUUGAGCUUGCAAGUGCUCCAAACUUUAGACCUACGUUUAAUUACUUUACAUGGCAUACAGCGACAAUUGGACUUCUAGGAACAUUGAUAAUGAUGUUCGUUAUAAAUAGCAUUUAUGCUUCCAGUAGUAUAAUACUGUGUUUAAUAUUAAUCAUCGUAUUGCAUUUAUUUUCGCCGAGUAAAAAUGCACCAUGGGGAAGCAUUUCGCAAGCACUGAUAUUCCACCAAGUCAGAAAAUAUUUAUUAAUGCUUGAUUCGCGUAAAGAUCACGUGAAGUUUUGGCGACCACAAAUGCUGUUAAUGGUAGCAUCUCCACGAUCAGCAUGCCCGCUUAUAGAUUUUGUAAAUGAUUUGAAAAAAGGAGGACUUUAUGUCAUUGGGCAUGUGAAAGUUGGAGAAUUUUCGGGUCAAAAUAUUGAUCCUACCAUAGAAGAAUAUCCACAUUGGUUGAGUUUGGUCGAUCAUAUGAAGGUAAAAGCAUUUGUUGAGUUAACAGUUACAAAAACUGUGCGCGAGGGGUUGCACCAUUUAAUAAGAAUAUCUGGAAUGGGUGCAAUGAAACCGAACACAAUUGUUCUUGGUUUCUACGACGAAGAAACGCAAAUGGAUUUUUUUACGAACUCUCAAUAUGCGACAGACAUAUUUGAGAAUGUUUCAACAUUCCCGAAUAGCACUGUAUUUCCAUUGAGACAAUCAAAUGCUGAGAAAAAUUUAGAUCCGGUACAAUACGUUGGUAUGUGUUCGGAUGUUUUAAAAAUGAAAAAAAAUUUAUGUUUGUGCAGAAAUUUCCAUACACUAAAUAAGUCUCACAUAGCAAAGAAUUUUAACUUAAAAUAUAUUGACGUGUGGCCUGUAAACUUUUUCCAACCAACUGAUCAAGAUCCGUUUGAUACAACGUCAUUGUUCAUGCUUCAACUCGCGUGUAUUAUCAACAUGGUACCUGUGUGGAAAAAUUUACACCUGAGAGUGUUCCACUGCGAAAUUUCAGACAGCGACACAAGUUUAAAUAUUUCAGAUUCGCAGAACGCAAUAAGCGAAUAUCCUAGAGUUUCUAACGAGCAUCGCAUUAGAAAAUUGUUGAACAUGUUAAGAAUAUCAGCAUCGAUUACAAAAAUUCCUAAUUGGGGUGCACAAGUACGAGGAUUGCAAGGCAGACCUCUCAUCGAAUCAAGAGUGGAAUCUCAAUAUGAAUCAAGCACCGAGAGCAAUGACAACGUUUUAAGUAAUGUCUCGCGUGCUUACAUUUUGAGCGUAAACCAACUAAUUAGACAGUAUUCUUCACAAACUGCAACAACAUUCAUUUAUUUGCCUGCACCACCAGCGUCUAAUACUUGGGACGAAGAAACCAUGUAUCGUCAGUAUCUUCAAUUGUUGACAGAAUUGACCGCGGAUUUACCUCCUAUACUAUUAGUACAUGGUGUGAGUGCUGUCACAUCUACAACACUCUAACAUAUGUACAUGUAGGAACAUAUGUUUUUACUGUGAGAAUUUUACAUCGCGGGUAUUAUUUAUUGAUUCAAUUAUCUUACAUUAAGUUGUCAAACUAUUGGCAUUUAAGUAUAUUCGAUGGAGUAGAUAUUGGUAUUCAAAAUAUAAAAAGUAUUGGUCAUGUUUUAUUUAACGUAUUAUUUUAUUAGACUUAAAUUUACACGAUUAAUCAGUUAAAUAUUAUUACUGAUUUUUUAUUGCAAUAAGAGAAGCUUAAUGUUAUAACAAAAAUAGUUUGUUACUGUGAUAACGAAAUUACUCGAUAAGAGACUUUCCAGAAGUGAAUAUUUUUUAAGCAUGUAAAAAAUCUUUAUUGAGAAAUAUAUAACCUUUAUUUUAACGUA